AUGCCCUCUCCGCUGGGCAUAGGAGGGGGCAGCAGGGAUGGUAAGGGGUGCACGCAAGGCACCAAGGAGCUUCUUGAGACGGUGGCUCACUCCCCCAUAUUUCAAAGCCAGUGCUCGCCCGCCACCCCCAAAACGGUCCCCGUAAGCCCCAGCCAGCAGGACACGCGCCCGAUCGCCGUCUCCAGCCCGCAGGGGUCCCGUGCCCCCUUGCCCUCGACACCCACUGGUUGCUCAGGGCGCCAGGCCCGGGAGACGCACCCUUGCCCCCCCUCGAAGGGCUUCCUCGCCCGCAAUACCAGCUGCAUGCUGGGCAGCCUGGCCUACCUGCACCCUCACGGUACCCUCAUCUUCAGCGACUCCUCGGAGCUCGGCUUCCUGCCUCUGCCGUAGAGUCUCCGCGUACCAAACACACGCUUCAACCUACGGACACUGAACUGCGUAUGUGGUUACAAUAACAGUCCUUGAAUGCUCUGUUCCACCCUCACCCCCCCACCCCCUCCUUUUGGCUUGAUUACUGUCUCAAGCCUGAGAAUGUGGUUCUUGGUUGCCACCCUGAACACAGACUACAAGGGUUUCCUCCCCAAAGCACCGAACAGUUAAUAUAUGGGUACUGAAACCCUGUACACUGAACUGAACACUUUGUUACUCCCUUCAACCCCAAACUCUGAAGUCGGUCUAAGCAUGCUCUCGGCCACAAACUCAAAGAGAGAGGUGCUGUUCAGAAAGCCAUUGUACAUGCAGAAUGACAGCACACUGACUCCAGAGGACUGCUGAUAGCAUCAGGGCAUGGUUAUGGGCGCGAUGUGUUGUCUGUCUUGAGUUGUUAUUGUUGUUAUUAUUAUUAUUAUUAUUAUUAUUAUUAUUAUUACUGUUAUUAUUUCUAUUUCAUUUUCAAACUCAGGAUUCUCUUGUGAGAGAUGCCAUAUAUCCUUAAAUCCCAGUCCCAGGAUUCUUAGUAAGGAAAGUGACGGUAAGCGACUGUAUCCACACAAGCCUCACCACAACACUAAAGCACAAAACAAAACAUUUUCACAAGAUUUUUCUCUCCCACCCUGACGCACAGUCACAGAGCCUCUGAGGAAGGCUGUCCUGAGCCACCUGAAGCAGCCUUUGCACCGUCGCUGGUCAGCCUCUGCCCCAAGCAUCCCAAUAAGGCACUUUUAACCUGGUCAAAGUAUACUGCUGGAUAGGACUGGGAGUGCACUCCAGGGAUGUAGGGAUCCUAUAGGGGUGAUCUGUCCUGGAGCAGAUGAUUUCACUCCUUGUUUGUGGGCCUCUGAUAUCUGUGUGUCCCUGACUGUUGGGAUCACUGAUGUUGGGCUAAUAAGAAUUCGGUUGAUGUGUGUGAGGUAUGACAGGUUUGUACUUUUCUAGGUCAGGGAUGUACAGCGUUAGGUUUUCUGCCGAACAUUUUCUGCUCUAUUUUUUAUUUUUUUUCCGAACAAAUAAUGCCCACCAUGUUGUGGACUGAUGUGUAUAUUUGCUUUUUUUAUAUUCUUGUCUGAAUUAUGUUACGGUCUACUACAGGAAAAUAGGAUAAAUCAAGCAACUGAGGAAACCGUAUGAAAUGUAGAGUCUGCUUAGCAGUACAUUGAUGAUGCAGAAUUGAAACUGGAAUGUUGGCCUUCUUAUGCUAAUACUCAUGAUGAUGAUUUUUUGUAAUGUAAUUGGUUACCCAGCACACAACACCACACCUCUGGCCACCACUGUCCGUUCACUUUCCCCCGUCUCACAGUUCCCUGUCUCAUCCCACUCUGGGUCAAAAUGACUUUUGGGAUGAGGAACAGACUUGCCACUGCCAACAUGUAUUUGCUGCCUAGUUUUGAUGGGACAGUAAAUAGAUUUAAACAAU